UGUCAACUCCAGCCGCAACCCUCCCGCUCUUGGACGAAUCCGAGGUUGAUGAUGAGCAACUCAGCCCCCCUCGCUCCCGCCGUGCUGUCCCAAAGUUCCACCCCUCCUCCCGUCUCGCAAUUCUUGGCCAUCACAUCAACGAAUUGAGAGCAAAAGCUAUUAUUAUCUGCGUCGAAAACAAACACAGGAGCAAUUCUGCAGUAUCGUCAUCUCUAGCCACAUUGCUGAAGGAACUGUUUCGAAACUUCAAGCGGACCGGGUCUCCCCUCCAACACAGCCUGUCAUCUGGGCUCGCAGCUUUAGCUCUCAGACUGCUGGCCACCUCGCGCCGAGCCCCACCACCGCUGGCUGUGCAGAGCUUCAAGCACCGCUCCCCUGAUCCCUAUUGAGCUCCGCGCACUAUUGCGCUUCUUUUCUCAAUGCCCUUUGGAAUAAACAGGCAUAGCAAUCGUUCAAAGCAGGCGUUGAACGAUACAGCCGCGCAGGGAACGGGCACUCCAUCGAGCGGUUCUGCGAGUGAACUUACUGAGACCUCCCCAGUAUUCGCGGACGAAGCCAGGACAACGCCCCAAGCCUUCAACCAACAACGCGCCGAGGGCCAACCUUUCGCUCCAUCCCACAUUGGACCGGAUUCUGAUAAACAACAGAACUCUGGGGAUCCGCCAGCACGAUCGCAGUCGACACGGUACGCCAGCGCCUAUCAACCCCAAGGCUAUCAGGGCGGCCACGGCGGUUCCGCUGAUGAUUUGACCCUCGACUCGAGAAAGCAUCCACAGCAGGGAGGAGCACAAGUAUUGCAGCCUACUGCCCAACCACCUAUACAUAAGAAGAGCAAAAAUAUAUUUGAUCGUAUGAGAUCGGGGUCGAGUCGGUCGUCAGAACAGAAGCCUCCCCCGCAGGCCCCCUCCUACAACAACACGGCGGGACUCGCUCGCAGACUGUCGAAACGCCAGGAGAAUCCUCCCGUUAUUCGCACAGUGCAGCAGAGGAACUCCACAGAGCAACAGAGGCUCGACUGGUCCGCUGGACAAGACUCGAGGUCACACCUACCUUCACCGCAAGAACGCAGCGAGGACGAGAGUCAGCUCGAUCCAUACCUCAUCCGAGAAGCAGGAUCAGGGACUCCAUAUAUCGCCCUCAACGAAGGAGGCUUGCAAUCCAUUCGACCCGUGCAAGAAGACACAGAGUUGCCGUUGCAGGGAGCAGACGAAGAUCAUCGUCAACAAUUCGAGGCUCAUCAACAGUUCUUGCGCGAACAGGCGCAGCAAUAUCACUCCGAGUCGGACUCGCAGCCUUAUUAUCAACAGAAUCCGAGUCAACCACAAGUGAAUAUUGAUCCAUCUCCUCUGAUAAGCGAUCCCUAUCGACAAAACCCCGAGACCGUGUCGCAGCUUUCCUACGACUCACCGACAGAGCAGGAACUGCGACCAGUCUCCGUGCAGUCAAACGGACAGUCGCCCACCGCCUACACGCCCACGGCUCAACGACAGGAGUUUCCAAGCCGCACCACAUCAAUUCAAGCUCCAGCUCACGCUCCACGACCUAUCUCUCAAUACGGUGCAAUGGCCCCACCUCCUAGUGGGACGCAGCAAGGCCACAGGCCUAGAGAUUCAAAGCAGCCAUUGCCAGGCAAUGGGCAGGGGCAAGGGCAACCAGAAUCACGAGAGGGUCCCCCACCUGGUUAUACCAGAGGACAAUUCCCAGCGAACGCUCAGCCCCCAACUCCAGGGCUGACCCCAUCAACAUCGGCGGUUGGAGCCCAAGGGCCAAAUUAUAGAGGGGGACCACCACAAAGGGACCAGUAUGGUCCACAGGGUGGUGGAGAUCAAGGGCGGAGUACACCACCGCCAGCCCCAGCAGAUCGUGAUGUCAAUGAUGCAUAUAAAGAGCUAUUGACGAAGUAUAAGAAGGUCAAAGGCUUGUAUUUUGACAAGACGGCGCAAGUCGAACAGCUACAGAAUACACUGGCGAACCAGAGACUCUCACAAUCUCGGACCUCACUCGAUGACAGCGAAUAUAUGACAAGAUUUCAGCGCUUGGACGGUGCCACAACAAAUCUUGCAUUCAAUAUACGGAAAGAUUGGCGGUCGAUCCCACCUUGGCUAGUUCAAUAUGUCAAUCAAGACGCUUUGAAAAUAGGCAAGCAAGAAAUGACCGCUGUGGGCCGGGCCGCCAUUACCAAAUUUCUCGUGGAGGAGGUUUUCAACCGGACUUUCCACCCAGGAUUGGGUACAGAAUUGAGCUUGAGCUUGAAGACUGUUGAGCAAAACAUUCGUCGUUUCUCUCCGGCUCUGAACAACCAGGAGGAGUCGGAUGCUCUGACCGCCAAGGUUGUGCAAUGGAGGCUGGCAACCUUGGAAGGUCUCAAAGAUGUCCUAAAUUCACCAACAGCCGAAGAAAACAAAGAGCAAUUCAAGCGGCUAGCCACCACAAACCUGACGGCUAGCUUGAUUACCUACUUGCAAGAGCCAGUACCAGCUGGGAUUGAAGAUAGCGCGCACAUGAUCGUGGAAUUAGCAGUCAGCAUCGCAGCCAACUUGCCAUUGGAAAGCAGAGAUAUUUCCAUUGUGUAUCCAAUGCCAGGAGAUAUGCUGCAGCCUAUGAUCAUGAAAGUCGAGACCGCUAUUCCAGCCUUGGAGAAUCCAGGUGUCGACAGCGAUGCGGACGCUGCCAGCACUGGGAGCGGGGACAAAGACGAUGCCUCGAAGGAUGAGAAGUCUUCAGAUGGGAAGAGCAGGAAGGAGAAGACCAAGAGCGGAAUGUUGUCUGCCAUGAUGGGCGGAAGUUCCACCUCGACUGCCAGCAAGAAGAGUACUAGUUCUCAGGGCGGAGCAGAGACUAGUGAAGGGAAGAAGGCGUCUGCUGAAGAUGGGGCUCAGAGGGUCCGCCUUGCUGGCUUUGUGGGCGUAGAGGUCAGGGGACGACAGGUGUUGGUCAAGUCUCCUGUUUGGACUGUGAGCUAGAUUUUCUCUUCAACGGAGUAGAGAGCGGUUUGAAGGAGUGGAUUGAAAAGCUGGGAAUUGGAAAUUGGAAUUAUUGAGUGAUGGAUGAUAGUUGAUGUGGAUACGAGGUUAUGAAAUUCAUAUGAUACCAUUCUGUUGGUGAUCAGAUCAGAAGAUAUAUUGAGAUUACACAUAUUAUUAUGUUACCCCGUGUCUAAGCUUCGCAAGACCUGUCUUGCUUCAGUCUCUCUCCCUGUCACUUGAACUUCGCCACUUCGAGAGUGAGGUGUGCCUCGAUCUCCGAGAGGUAGAGAGAGAGAGAGAGAGCUCUUUUCCUCCAGACUACCCCGGGUCGGCCAGGGAAUCAAAUGAAACCAGAGAACAUCAUGCAAAG